AUGCUUGUAGCACGUACAAGACGUCUUAACACUGAUCUUUUAAGGAGAAACACAUUUCAAAAGAACCAAGUGAUAAGAACUUCCACUCUCCAGGGACCUGUAGCACCAAGUAGUGCAACUGAAAAGUUGCCUUUACCAAGACUCCCCAAAGUUGUAUCAUCAAACAAUCAGUCAUCAUCAAAUGGUCGUACUAGAAAUCUUCUGUGUUCCAAUUCUACGACUGGAACAAGUAGUAGGGUUCAAUCUGCUCUCAAUAAGGACUCAAAUGUACGGCAGACUUCAAUCAAUUAUCAGCCUGUUGGGGUUCCUGUGGCAGAUGUGGCUCCUGUUAUAGAAAUCCCAACUACUGGGGGACCUGUAACAGAAAAUGAAGGACAAAUCACAGGUAGCCCAGGUAGAGAUACUGGUGUUGGACACAGUCACACCACCAAUGAGAAGUCUAGUAAUGAAGAUGCAGUGGAAAGCGUGAUUGAUAUUCCAAUGGAUGAUGGGGAUUUUGGUGAUGCAGGCUAUUCUAGCCCUGAGAGAACUCCUGUUAUAGUAAUCAAUGAUGAAAGUAGCAAUGAUCAAGAAGUGUCAGCUGAGAAAGAACAUAGUUUAUCUGACUCUAAUUCCCGUGAAAAUGAGAUACACUUGCAAUCACCAAAACGGAAAGGGUAAGACAGUAGGAAUAAAUUCUUGUACUUCUGUAACGAUGUGUGGUUUUCUGCUGGCUGAGGAGCGAAUGAAGUAGAAAUGUCUUUUUCACUCAUGGCUCGGAGUAUGGGUUCAAGUGUACAUACAGUUGUUUUUAAUGCCAUCUGCUGUUGCCUGACCUGCCCAGCUACCUAUCCACUGUUCGUGUGUUUUUUUUUCCUUGUUUUAGUUUUAAUAUUUGUGAACUGAACCACCAUAUUUGGCAUGGCUGACUUGACAAAAAUGGUGAAAUUUGAGAUACUUGUACUAGAGUACUACAUAAUAGAGAGAAGUCCUUAACGUCACAUUGCCAUGGUAGCAAAAUUUCUGGAUGACAACAAACCCAAAAAAGUCACUUACAAAGUGACUUUGCACUGUUUCUGGCUUAUCAAUCUUAUUCAGGUUCAAUUAAUUUGUCAAAUGUUGGCUAAAUUUGCUGGGGUUAAAUCCAAAAGGACCAUAUUUAAGUUUAGAAAAAGAAAAGAAAAUUGUGUUGCGUUCACCUUCUUUAUAAAGUGGGUGCAUGAAAUUAGGAAGUUUCACAUCAGUUGUGCAAUGACGGCUAAGAAAUGGAGAAAAAGCGUGAUACAAAGUUGAUGUUUUGCUAUGUAAACUUAUCGCUUUUGUCCUUCUCAUUGCUGUCACCAUUGUUGUUGCUUAACGUCCCUUUUGUUGUGAUCCAAAAUUUUGGUACCGUGGUAAUGUGAUGUCAUACUUUUCCUCUCUAUUACCAGACUGUUGUUGUGCAAAAUCUUUGUGAUUAUGUUUGCAGAGUUCAUCCCCGUAGGAGAGUCCCUCAAGGAGACACUAGGUGAGGUGAUGAAACAAAAAUGGUUAUACCAUUAUGAUAAAAAAAACCCUGAACAUGCAGGCCUGAAUUUUACAAAUUAUUUACCGAGAUUUCUUAGCAUUAGGCAAAGGCCUUUACUGUGUACCUUUUAGUUUUAUCGCAAAUUAUAUUAAAAUCUUUGCUAUUUUUAUAGUUGCGGGCAACAAGAGGAGGCCACAAUCCUAAUCUCCGGGUUGUUAUUGCGCAUGUGUCACAUGUAUGUAGCCAGCAUUAGUUUGCACUUCCACUACAAAUGAAUGGAAUGCACUGAACACAAUUUAAUCACACGUGUUUUGACCUUUUAUCACGUGAAACUUGCACAGAGUACAGCAUUGGAGCAAAAGCAUUUUGGCCUUCAACCAUUGUCACCCGCACUCCAUAACCUUUGGCUAUUACUAGUAUAUUAAUGUCUUCUUAGACACAAAAAACCUACAAAGUUAAUGCCAUUUUUAAUAUUAUUUCUUGGUUGAAUAGAGAAUAUAAAAAGUAAUAUAUAUUUUUUCAUAAUGCUUAUAACCUUAAGGAUACCACUUGAUAUUAACAAUACAUUUAUUUCAAUUUGUUGUGAUAUUUUAUUUUUUGACCCUGAUUAUUUUCUUUUCCAGCCAAUCAGAGGUGGCUGUUUCGACUGCCAAGCAAGUUCCAAAGUGUACCUAUCAGGAAGUUGAAAUGGACGUUAUGUAUGCAUCAGAUACACUAACUCCAGUAAGAGCACUUUUACAGCUGAUCAUUCCUUAAAAUAAUACAGCAACAUAAUGGAGAAGACUAAUAAAAUGAUCUACAAAUGAUUUGCUAAUUUGUGUAUUAAUCAGGUUGAUCUACUUGAUACUAAUUUACAAAAAAUGUCAUUAUAACAAUAAUUAUUAAUGAGAAAAAAUGUGACCAAGCGGACGCAUGAUGAGAUUCCAAACGAUUAUUGGAAAGGUUUUUUUUGUGAUAUUCUAAAUAAUCAAGGUUGAGGUAAUCAAGGUUAUCAGUGGUAAUUUGUUUAUUAAAUUGAGCAAAUCGAAUCAUGUGUCAGAUUAAAAUAUUCUCGCUUUUGCAUUAAUAUUACAGCAAUCUUUUUUGGGCACAUUACUUAACACUCCAAUAUUGCAAGAAAAACUGGCAGAAAAUAUCAACAAAGUGGUUGGAAGGUGAGAAUUCUUGUUUAUGAAUCAAACCAUACAAUUUUAACCCUUAAACACUUGAAAUCAAAAUUUAAAUUCUCCUCUCCUUUUCCAGUAUGGUUCUUAGAAAUAGAAAACAGUUGUAAUAGAAUUUAUUCAUUUUGGCUGAUCAUCUUUUGAACUCUCCUCGCUUGUGUGAUUAAUUAAGCAUGGACAUAACAAGCAGAAUAUUUAUGUUGAUCACUCUCAUAGAUUAAAACAGUUACUGUAAUCCCUGUCAAUCCUAAUAUCAGUGAGUGAUAUGAUUCAACAUUAUUCCUAGUGCACAUUUUAUUUUCCUUGGUUAAAUAAUUAUUAAUGUACAUAACCAUUAAAUUUUAAUCCCAGUUCUUGUUUAUACCUUUUCUGCUUUGAAGACCUACAGUGUAGGGACAGAAAAAGAACACAGUCACAAAGAUUGUAUAGCAUAGUCCGAGGGAAUGUGGACAGCUUGUGUCAAGUCAAAAUGAAAGUUUUUGUUGAUGUUUAACAAAGUGCAGCUCACUUUUCUGAUCAGAUCUCAGUUUUUUACAUCAAAAUUUGCCAAAUCCUGCAUCUUAAAAUUAUGAAAAUAAUUCAGCAUUGCCUCUUUCAGUAAUUAUUAUUAAGGACACAAUUUUGUGCUCCCAUUUCCCUCUGGAAUCCUGGCCUUGAAAUGAGACAUAUUGUGGAUUUGAAAAUAACCUCUUCUGGACCCUUUACAAUUACAUAUGUUGGCUUUUCAUUUUCAUACUCAAAUUUUUUGACUUGGCACUUCUCUCUCUUUGAUUUUCUACCACCUUUCCUCAAGAUUAAAUCCAAAAUGGGAUUUUCUUGCAGUUCAAGGACUCAGCCUGCUUCUGAUGACCCUCCUACUGACUCAGCACAGACUGUGACGAUAACCGAGGACAGCAGUGAUGAUAUAUUAAUGGCAUCUAAUCUGGUAUAA